AUGAAGUAUUAUUUUAAAAAUCACACUUAUUUUAGCAAUUUAACACUGAAGACAACCAUUAUGACAACCGCACAGACAGAAAUUCUUUACAUCAAUUUCUUGGACUGCAAUAUUGAGUAUGCAUCGGCAAAAGUACCAUAUUGUCAGCUUGACCAAAUAACGGUUUAUGAUGGUCCUUUUAUGAACGAUUCCGUUCUGUACCAGGGUUGUUGCUUAAAUGACGUCACACAAUUACGUAGUUCUGGGACUUCCAUUUUGCUACAAUUUGUGUCCGAUACCACGGUAACGGGGAGAGGGUUUUAUAUUCAGUACUACACAAACGGCACAGCUACGAAUGACGGCAGUGAGUUGUCGACAGGAGGUACCAUCGUUCUUAUCGUUGUCUUGGUCAUCGUUUUUCUUACAAGCGUUGGGGUUGCCUUUCCUCUCCUGUACUACAAAUUCAAAGCUCGAGAUAAAUUCUGUGGCAAAAUUCUUCCGACAGAAAGUUUGAUUAAAGCGAAAACAGAGGUAGACUUGCAAGAUGCUCAGGUUACAGCAACAUCCCGAGAUAGAGGUCCUGAUCUUUUAAAAUCUUGUAGUCAAGGAACUCAAGACACAAAUUCCAGCAACAAUGGAAGGACGCCGAAAGUAAAUUCUAAAUAGUAA